AUGUUCGGUAAAAAAAAGAAACCAAGGCAACCAUUAGAGCCAACUAAUUCUACUCCUUCACAUAGUCAGCUUAGACCUGCAAUAAAUUCACCAACCUGCUCACAAUAUCCUCCUCAACAAAACUAUCCACAGUAUCCUCCUCAAAGAACUCAAUCUCCCGAAGCACCUCAAAAUCAUCAGGAUAAUUCAAUAAUUCGCCAGCAUAAAAGAAAUCAAUCUUCUUCUGACUACUGUAGUUCUAAUACAACCUCCUUUUCCGAUAGUGCAAGUUCUACACGGUAUAGUUCUGAAUCAUCUUUCAGAUCAUCUGGUGCUUUCUCUCCAAGUGAAAUACAGGCAUGGGCUGGAAAUUAUUAUAAAGACGCCUUCUCAAAACAAGAUUCUUCACGACCUCCUGAUGAAGAAGUCGAAGAGUUAUUCUUUGAGUUAUUGAAUAAAAGGGAUUUAAAAAACCUUCCAGAAUCUCAAAGAAAACAAAUGUUGGCAAUUCCAACUGAUAAAAAAUGGGUUUUGAUAAAAAAUGAUAAGUUGCAAGAAGGAGCAAAUAAGAUAUCCAGUGGAAGUGCUUCUUCUCUUUCUCAUGAUAAAAACGCCCCCGAAUAUUAUCUUAAAAAAAUAAUGGAUGGUACAAUAACUGUCAAAAUAAUGAAUUCUUUGAGUGUCUCCUUAAGAACUUUACCAAUUACUUGGGUCAGAUCAUUCAUUGACGCGAAAGGGUUGGAAGUACUUACAAAUUAUUUAAAUAGUAUUACAAGAAAACCUGUAAAGAGAGAAGUUGAUCUUUUAAUGGAAUAUGAGAUUAUCAAAUGUUUAAAGUUAUUAUUAAAUAACAGAGUAGCUCAAGAGGCCUUAUCUCAUCCAACUUGUAUCUAUAGUAUCACAUUUUCAUUAGUUUCAUCUCAACUUAAUACUCGGUUGGAAGUACUUACAAAUUAUUUAAAUAGUAUUACAAGAAAACCUGUAAAGAGAGAAGUUGAUCUUUUAAUGGAAUAUGAGAUUAUCAAAUGUUUAAAGUUAUUAUUAAAUAACAGAGUAGCUCAAGAGGCCUUAUCUCAUCCAACUUGUAUCUAUAGUAUCACAUUUUCAUUAGUUUCAUCUCAACUUAAUACUCGUAGACUUGUUGCAGAAGUGCUUUCUUUCUUUUGUUAUUGUGAAAUCCCGACUGGCCAUAAUUUGGUAUUAGGAGGAUUCGAUCAAUUGAUGCAAUUUCAAAAUGAGCAUUAUAGAUUUGAUGCCUGGAUGAGAAUUUUAGAAAAUAAAAAUUAA